UUACUGUCAAUCAUCUCUCUCACUCACUCACGCAGCCGCGUGCGCGUACGUGCGUGAAAGUCAUGGUAACAGAGCGGUGACGUGACGUCAGAGCUGCAGGCCUUAAUAACUUCUCAUUCUCACUUGGACUUCACAUGAGUUGAUGCAAAACUUUGUCUGCUGACAGCUGAACUCACUGAUAACUGAUCGACUGGACAACUUCUGUUGGAAAACAAUUUGUUGGAUAGCUGAACCCGAGGAAAACGGAGAGGAAUCAUAAUCAUAAUAUAAUAAUAUAUAUAUAAUAAUAAUAAUAAUAAUAUAUAAUAUAAUCAUAAUCGUAAUUUAAAGUGACCUGCUGCUGCCAUUAAAAUGUUGUUUUAUGGCCCCCCCAUGAUGAUGAAGGAGCACCUGAACAUCUACUGGUCUGACUCCUGGAACUACAAAGCAGGUUUGCCUUUGACCAUCGACAUUAAGCCUCGCCAUGUCCAGGAGGAGGAAGAAGAGAUCGCUGGUCUGGAUGAUGAAGACGUCCUUGGCCUUCUUGGUCUGAAUGAUGAGGACGUUCUUUGUCUCCUUGACAUGGACAAUGAAGCCCUUCUUGAUCGGCUUGUGCUCGUUCUGGACGGUGAGGUGCACUUUCCUGGUCUGGAUGACGAGGCGGAGGUAGACGUCGCUGGUCCUGAUGAAGAGGUGGCCGAGCCUCGUAGAGGUGACGGAGAAGGUGUGGAAGAUAAAAGAGAUUCCAGACCUCCCUCUCCUCCACACAAGCAGUUCCCACCACCGAACUUUGGGAUGAACUGGACACGACAGGAUCCUGCUGCACACAUUCCUGCUUUUUAUCCUGCUCUCCAUGCUGACCCUUAUUCUCUUCCCUUCGCUUUUCCCCCUGCUGCUCCUUAUGCUGCCCCUCCUCCUCUUGCUUGUCCCUUUGCUCCUCCUUUUGUUUGUCCCUAUGCUCAUCCUUUUUCUGAUCCUUUUGCUUGUCCUUUUGCUGCUCCUCCUUCUGUUGAUCCUCCUAUUUUUUUCAUGCUGAUCCCCCAUCCUGAUGUUCCUGUGCAGGUUUCAGGUGCUGGAGUAGUAGCUGAGACCUUUGGGCCAUCCUCACUUCCCAGCCUCGGCUCCUCCAAACGGAGAAGAAGGGAAGAGAGCGAGGAGGAGGAGGAGGAGGAGGAGGAGCAGGAUGCUAAAAGGCGGAGGUGAUCUGAGGAGCUAUACUAACUCCACGGUAUCCCACCAAAGCAUCUGGCAGGACAGCUGCAGUGACCCUCUCCACCAGUGACGACUGGCCUCUGCGUCUGGCAGGACUAGUUCUUUUAGGGUUAGCCCUUACAUCUGUUAGGGCUCGUGAUUUAAGGGACAGCCUUUGCGUCUGGCAGGGCUGUAAAAUCCUCUUGGUCCUGUGUUCAAAUGGACACAGUCUCUCUCUCUCUCACACACACAGCAGUAGUGACUCCCACUGAGUGGUCUGGGCUCUGCACAGUCUACUGUGGAUCUGGUUGGCUUAAACCUCCCAGUGAAGCUAUCAUGUGGCUGUCUCCCCAUGUCAACACUGACUAG